CUGGAGAUGUACCUACGUAAAGUACAUUAGGAGGCACAAUUCCACCAAGGUGGGGCAGUCUUUUUGAGGUUGGAUUUUCAAUCUCUAGAAGCUUACCCUGCUUGACCAAGCAUCGACAGUUUGGAGGAGUUCGCAGCCAUUAACAGAAUACCCUGGGUUGGCCUACUAAAUUCCUCAUAGCCCGACAGCGAUGGCUGACCGUAGAAGAGUAAAUGGUCCGGUGGGCCAAACUGCUCCGCCCGUCUACGAUAGCCCUCGAUCGCGAAGAGAAGCGAAGCAACUUGGCGACAAUGCUAUACGGAAAAUCUUCCUGAAAACUGGAGUUACUCCUUCGGCUUCCGGGUCUGCAUAUCUUGAGAUCGAAGACCCAAAUGCGACGGGGCCUUCGAGCACCAGCUUAAAACUCACCUGUACCGUCCACGGCCCCCGAGCCCUUCCACGAUCCGCACCCUUCUCGCCCCAUAUCAUCCUCUCGACCCAUGUGAAAUACGCGCCCUUUGCGACGAGGCAGAGACGAGGCUACCUACGCGACGCUAGCGAGCGAGAUCUAGGCGUACAUUUGGAAACGGCCUUGCGCGGAGCCAUCAUCGCGGAUCGCUGGCCCAAGAGCGGUGUUGACAUAAUCGUCACAAUAAUCGAAGGAGAUCAGAAUCGAGAUUCCCCGGACUAUGACGGCGACGAAGGUUGGGACGUGAUGAACGUUCUGAGUGGCUGCAUCACCGUCGCCUCUGCUGCGAUUGCCGACGCGGGUAUCGACUGCGUCGACACAGUUGCUGGCGGCGUCGCAGCCUUAGUGGCUAAAGACGACAAGAGCCCGCCAUUCGUCGUCCUCGACCCCGACGUUGCUGGUUAUCACAAGAUAUUCGCCGCGUGCUGUGCGGCCUACCUACCGACGAGGGACGAGGUCACCAACAUCUGGUUCAAAGGCCAGUUACCCGGUGCGGAUGCCAUGAUCUACAACAAGAUGGUAGAGAGAAGCCUCGUAGCCUGUCGGAACGCAAAUCGCGUUCUCGUCUCGGCUCUGAACGAAACCGUUCGCUCAGGGUAGCAGGCCCCACCCCGAGUUUGACUAAACGUAGGUAUAACCGCAACUUCGCCCAUCGAACGGAAAGUAGGGCUUCGGCUGGCGAAAUAGAGAGGUACAUGAAGAUUUCUUCGUGUCACGGUACAUAUAUAAUGUAGCUGGGAGCAGUAGGGCUUCGGCUGGAGCCUACACGUAUUCCCACUCACUGAAUGUGUAGGCCGUCGUCUUUCCUCCGGGGUAUCCACUACCGUCUGCACUCCCGUGGUCUCUCGCUAUAC